AUGGACACUCACCUGUCUGCGAUGGCAGCCCCCAGCCUGGGUCUCUCCUCAGGCCCCCAGACCACCCUGCUCCUGGUGUCCGCCCUGCUCUGCCUGCCUGGGCCCUGGGAGGCCGGCGCCUUCCCAUCCGUGCCCCUGUCCAGCUUGUUUGCCAAUGCUGUGCUCCGCGCCCAGCACCUGCACCAGCUGGCCGCCGAUACCUACAAGGAGUUUGACUUGGAGCUGCUGCGCUUCUCACUGCUGCUGAUCCAGUCCUGGCUCGGGCCCGUGCAGUUCCUCAGCCGGGUCUUCAGCAACAGCCUGGUGUUCGGCACCUCGGACGGCGUCUACGAGAAGCUCAAGGACCUGGAGGAGGGGCUGCAGGUCCUGAUGCAGGAGCUGGAGGGCAGUGGCCCCCGCGUGGGGCCGGUCCUCAGGCAGACCUACGACAAGUUCGACACCAACCUGAGCAGUGACACCGCGCUGCUGAAGAACUACGGGCUGCUGUCCUGCUUCAAGAAGGACCUGCACAAGGCCGAGACUUACCUGCGCGUCAUUAAGUGUCGCCGUGUCGGGGAGCACGGCUGCGCCUUCUAG